GCGGCACAAUAUGUCUCGUAUACCCCAGCCUCCGUCCAACCGUGCUCCUAGCACUCCAGCAGUCACCUCUUCUCCUCAAACUUCUCGCUUCACUGCUAGAAAAUCUCCUGGGUCGACCCCUUCUCGCCCUUUGCGUGCUCAACAGAGUCUACAGUCUCUAAAACCUCCCAAGUCUCCUUUACUAGCCAAGUCGCCUUCUCGACCUCCAGCGCGUCUCAAAUCACCAAAUCCCGAUGAGAAUCCGACACCUCAGCCUAAGCUGAGUAUCAAGGAGCAGAUUGCCCUCAAACGAGCGCAAGCGAAGAAGGCGCUUCAAGCCGAACAGAGCGUUGGUAGCCACCUAGACUUUGGGGGACUGGAGGAUGCACUUCCCGAUGCAUUAAAGAAGAACCAGAGUGACGAUGAGCUUGAUCUUGGGCGGUGGUCCGUGAAGGAGGCCAUUGAACGUGCCAGAAGUUCAGGUGCUCUGAACCUGGCCUCUCGUGCAUUGCUUUGUCUGCCUUCUGCACUCUUUGAGAUACAUCUCGGUGUUAAGCCUGAGCGUCUGAAGUCUGUGCCGGAGGAGCCAUCUAUAUCGACGAAUGACGACACUCCUUCACAUCGGAGAGCUGCGAAUUCGAGUGCACCAUCAUGGUAUGAAGCACAAGAUCUAGAGAUUUUGAAGGCAUGGUCCAACGAGAUCGUUGAAAUCCAGCCCGAAAUAUCGAUGUUCGGCUCGUUGAAAACGGUGGAUCUGCAUAAUAACCGAUUGACCAUGCUACCUGCCAGCUUUGCAGACCUAACCGCUCUGACGGCCCUUGAUCUUUCGCAUAACUCACUGACAUCUCUACCGGUUAACCUUUGGGCGCUCCCAAACCUCUCCUCCCUCAACAUCUCCUACAAUGCGCUCACCUCGCUUCCCUUCAGAGCGCCCUUCGAUGUGGCAGGCGCAAACCCGCUCGCGCGAACGCGCGAUCCUCGCGGUGCCUGGUUCUGCCAAAGCAUCACGCGUGCGUCAGCACCACUGCCGCGUCUAACGGUCCUCGAUGCGUCGCACAACCAGCUACGGGCGUCUUCGAUUGAUUACUUGCCGGCGGCAUCGAGCUUGCCAAGCCAGCUUUCGAAGGUGGACCUUUCUGCAAACCCACUCGGUGAAUGCACGUCUUUAAUACAGGCGCUCGCGGGCCUCGAUCGAUUGCACGAGCUGCAUUUUGAACAUGCAGAGAUUGGCAAUGAUUCGUUCCCUGUGGACAUAUUCUCAUCCCUGGACUUCAUACCGUUUACUGUGCUCAGGAUCCUCGAUUUAGGCGAGACGCACGUUACGGCUCCCGUCAUUGAAGCUGCGUUCAGACAGCCGACGAUCAAGCAAGAGCUCGACUUUGAGGUGACCAACGAAGAGCCGCACGAAGGCAUCCUGCGGGUUGUGACUGGCAAGAAGGUAAUCAAGGAGGCGUGGGAGGUCGAAGCUGAGCGGAGAGCGAAGCUCAGACGACAUGGUGCUGCAACUACGGAAGGGCUGAAUAUAGGUAGUACGAGCGCCUCAAGCGGUAUUGGUGCAAAGAGUACGGGGGUGAAGGAAGCUUGGGAGAUCGAAGCAGAGCAGGGCUUGCUCACGGAAGGUGCGAAGCGACGGGCGAGGGCGAGGGCUGCUGCCGCUGCCGCGCAAGCAUCAUCUCAAUCUACUCCGGCGCAUGGAGGUCCCGGUUCUCUAAAGAAGUCUGCCGUAGCAGAGAAGGAGCCUUGGGAGAUUGAGGCGGAGCAGGGUUUGCUUACAGAGGGCGCGAAGAGGAGAGCAAGGGCAAUGGCUGCUGCCGCCAGUGCUAACGUUAAAGAGGAAAUCAAAGAACCUGCUCCUCUUUCUACGCCUCAUGACGAGGUCGCUCCUCUGCCUUCUCCGACACGCGCCUCAGUAAUGUCCAACCCUCAGUUCUACGAUGCGUCCUCUCGUACGCUCACCCUCCCGCCUUCCGCGCCGCCCCCAAAGUCACCGCAUCUUCGCUCGUUUUCACACGCGCCUUCGUCGGGGUUGUCUCUUGGGUUGAAGGUCAAGACUUCUGGCGUGUCGGAGCUCGCGCUCGCGCUCCCGAUGCCCACAGUGCCGCUCGCUGCCAUUGCCGCCCAGCCCCUCGCACAGACGUUAAAGGUCUUGAUACUCACCGGCAGGAAACAGGAUGUCGUCUUUAGCCUUCUUGAAGUUGAUGGGCUGUCCUUGCCAAUCUUGGAAGAAUUAAGGUUGGAGGGGUGCAACCUUCCGGAUUCUGUCGCUGUCGCUCGGGUUGAUUCGACAGCUCGUACGAGUGAACCCCUGCUUCCUUUGCUCAGCAGGUUGUUCCCAAGUCUCAGAACUCUCGAUUUCUCGUACAACUUGUUGACGUCUACCUGUCUGACCAAAGAUGCGCUGUCUUCCCUCAUCCUCGCUUCGGCAGACUCCGACAGCGACGCCUCUGCGCGCAAAGGCCUACGACAUCUCCGCUUACGUGGAAACCGUAUCAAUGAGCUAGACGGGUUUAUAGGCAUCGCAGAGCUGUUUAAGGGGAACAGAGAUUGUCCUACGUGGAAGAUGGAGGAACUGGACUUACGGGACAACGAGAUUUCUAAACUACCUCCCGAGCUGGGGUUGCUUCCUUUGGAUGUAUUACUUGUGGAUGGCAAUCUAUUUCGCGUCCCGCAACGGAGAAUCUGGGAAAGGGAGGGUACAAAGGGUUUGUUGAGCUGGUUGAGAGGAAGGAUAGAGUAAGGAUAUGCUCAAAGUUCGU